UUCGCUCAUCGUCUACGAUUGAACUCUUCUCUCUCGUUCCGAGCUACGUCAAUGGAGGAAAUCGACGAAACAGAGGACCGAUCACAGGUUUAUAUGGCUUGCAUUCAACACGGGCGUCGGUUCGUGAAUUACUUAAUCGGAGUAUCUUACUACGACUGUAAUAUCCGCCAGCUUCAUUUGCUUGAAUUUUGGGAGGAUAGUUGCUCAGAGUUUCCCUUGAUUGAUAUUGUAAAAUAUCAAGCAAAUCCAUUGGUCAUUUAUACAAGCACCAAAAGUGAAGAAUCCUUUCUAUCAGCUCUACAGCAGAAUGAUGUAGAUGGAACUUGCGAGACUCCCAUGGUGAAGCUUGUUAAGAGCUCAACAUUCAGCUACGAGCAAGCUUGGCAUAGACUGGUAUAUCUUCGAGUAACAGGGAUGGAUGAUGGAUUAAACAUCAAGGAAAGGAUAUGUUAUCUAAGUUCAAUGAUGGACAUGGGAAGUGAAGUUCAAGUUCGGGUUGGUGGGGGUCUUCUUGCAAUAUUAGAGAAUGAAAGGAUCAUAGAAACCCUGGAACAGAAGGAAUCUGGGACUGCAUCAAUUGCAAUUGAUUCGAUCACGGAAGUAUCGUUAAACAAUUUUCUGAAACUUGACGUGGCUGCUCACGAGGCUUUACAGAUAUUCCAAAUAGAUAAACAUCCUAGCCAUAUGGGCAUUGGUCGGGCAAAAGAAGGGUUCUCAGUAUUUGGGGUGAUGAAUAAGUGUGCCACGCCAAUGGGUAGACGCCUAUUAAGAAGCUGGUUUAUGAGGCCCAUUUUAGAUCUUGAACUGUUAGAUCAUCGUCUCAAUGCUAUUUCCUUUUUCAUUUCUUCAGAAGAGCUAAUGACAUCUUUGCGCGAGACACUGAAAUCUGUGAAGGACAUUACCCAUCUGCUCAAGAAAUUCAACUCCCCGACGUCCCUCUGUACGAGUAAGGAUUGGACAGCUUUCUUGAAGAGUAUAAGUGCACUCUUGCACGUGAAUAAAAUAUUUGAAGUAGUAGUUUCAGAAACUCUUCGGGAGUAUAUGAAAAGCUUGCACUUGGACAUUGUUGAGAAGGCUGGAUUAUGCAUCAGUACAGAGCUAGCUUAUGUAUAUGAACUGGUGAUUGGAGUCAUUGACAUUAGUAGAAGCAAAGAGAAGAGUUAUCAAACAAUGGUGAAAGAGGGAUUCUGUGCUGAGUUGGAUGAGCUCAGGCAAAUAUAUGAGGAGCUGCCAGAGUUCCUUCAGGAGGUUUCGUCAAUGGAGUUAUCAAAGUUUUCUCAUCUGCAUAAGGAGAACCUUCCUCCUUGUGUUGUCUAUAUUCAACAAAUCGGUUACCUCAUGUGUAUCUUUGGAGAAAAACUUGAGGAAACAGAAGUUGAAAGGCUCAAUGAAUUUGAUUUUGCUUUCUCUGAUAUGGAUGGGGAGACUCAACGAUUCUUUUAUCAUACUCCAAAGACACGAGAGUUGGAUAACCUUCUUGGAGAUAUUUAUCACAAAAUCCUAGAUAUGGAAAGGGCGAUUACCAGGGACUUGCUAUCACACGUCCUUUUGUUUUCAGCACAUCUGCUGAAGGCCGUUAACUUUGUCGCAGAACUUGAUUGCAUUUUAUCAUUGGCUUUUGUAGCGCAUCAAAACAACUAUGUGAGACCUACUUUGACAACAGAACCAAUGCUUGACAUACAUAACGGAAGGCAUGUAUUGCAGGAAAUGGCUGUUGAUACAUUUAUCCCCAAUGACACAAAGAUCACUAACGACUGUAGGAUUAAUAUCAUUACCGGUCCCAAUUAUUCAGGGAAGAGCAUCUAUAUAAAGCAGGUAGCUUUAAUUGUUUUCCUUUCCCAUAUCGGAAGUUUUGUGCCGGCAGAGGUCGCAACAGUCGGUCUAACAGAUAGGAUAUUCUGUGCAAUGGGAAGCAGAUUUAUGACUGCAGAACAAUCUACAUUUAUGAUUGAUCUCCAUCAAGUGGGAAUGAUGCUUAGGCAAGCGACUUCAAGAUCUCUGUGUCUCUUGGAUGAGUUUGGUAAAGGCACUCUUGCAGAAGAUGGAAUUGGCUUGCUUGGAGGGACAAUUAGUCACUUUGCCUCAUUUCAUGAGCCGCCAAGGGUUUUGGUAUGCACCCACUUGACUGAACUCUUAAACCCAAGUUUCUUGCCUGUGUCUGAGAAGAUCAAAUUCUACACAAUGAGUGUUUUGAGGCCAGAGACGGAUUCCAGGAGUAUUGAGGAUAUCAUUUUUCUUUAUCGGUAUUUUAUCUUGGAUAGUUCCAGGACACACGCUGCUGAGUUAUGGUCUGCAUUGUGCAUUACUCGUGUACCGGAGGAAGUCGUAAAGAGAGCAGCGGUGGUAUUGGACGGGUUGGAGAACAACGAAGGUGUGGAUAGGCUAAGUCAUGACAACAUUUCAUCUCAAGAUCAAUCAUACAAGGACGCCCUUGACAAGUUGCUUGGGUUCGACAUUCUUGGAGGCGACAUCAACACCUUCUUUCAGGGUCUGUUUUCUUCGUAAUCACGGUAACUUGGCACAUGUAUGUAUAUAUGUAUAAAUGUACGUUUUGGCGACUUGAGUUUGUACAUUUGAGAUCUCGUAAGUUCAAACCAUGGUUUUGGACUUUUUCAAAAGUCAAAACCGCUGCAUCGUAGUUUCCA